AGUUCUUUGACGCUUUGGUAACGACGGAGCGACUGGACCAAUACAGCGCUCUUUCCGGUCUCGUUUACACUCGCCGAGUUCUCCUUUUCCAAGAUUGCCUUUGACCCCGGAAGUGAGGUUUUCCGCGUACCUUCCUCCCAGCAAGAUGGCAACAGCCGAAGACGAGUUACUGCCACCGCGGCUUCCCGAGCUGUUUGAAACCAGCAAGCAGCUUCUGGACGAAGUCGAAGUAGCGACUGAGCCCACCGGUUCCCGGAUAAUCCAAGAUAAGGUGUUCAAGGGACUAGACCUCCUUAAGAAGGCUGUUGAAAUGUUAGCACAGCUCGACUUGUUCAGCCGAAAUGAAGAUUUGGAAGAGAUUGCUUCCACCGACCUGAAGUACCUGCUGGUGCCAGCAUUUCAAGGAGCGCUCGCCAUGAAACAAGUCAACCCCAGCAAGCGUCUAGAUCAUUUGCAGUGGGCUCGAGAACACUUUUUAAACUACUUAACUCAGUGCCAAUACUAUCAUGUGGCAGAGUUUGAGCUGCCCAAAACGAAGAACAACUCACCUGAUAAUAAUACUGCUAGUUCCUCCAUGGCCUAUCCUAGCCUCGUUGCAAUGGCAUCUCAAAGACAGGCUAAAAUAAAGAGAUACAAGCAGAAGAAGGAGGUGGAGCAUAGGUUGUCCGCACUGAAAUCUGCUGUGGAAAGUGGUCAAGCAGAUGAUGAGCGUGUUCGUGAAUAUUACCUCCUUCACCUUCAAAGGUGGAUUGGUAUCAGCUUAGAAGAGAUUGAGAGCAUUGACCAGGAGAUGAAGAUCCUGAGAGAAAAAGACUCCUCAAAACAGGUACCAACUUCUUACUCACCUCGUCAGGACAGGCCUCCAAUGAAACCCUUCAUUCUCACUCGGAACAUGACCCAAGCCAAAGUAUUUGGAGCUGGUUAUCCAAGCCUGGCAUCUAUGACAGUGAAUGACUGGUAUGAUCAGCAUCGGAAAUAUGGAGCAUUACCAGAUCAGGGCAUAGCCGUGACAACACCAGAGCUCAAAAGAACUGCUCAGGAACAUGAAGAUCAGGAACAAAAGGAGGAAGAAGAUGAUGAACACACACUCCACAGAGCUCGGGAGUGGGAUGACUGGAAGGACACCCAUCCCAGAGGGUAUGGCAACCGACAGAACAUGGGUUAGUCUUCCCACAACAAGACGGGACUACAGGGGCUCACACCUUCUGCAACAAGGAAAGCCGUGCUGUCUUCCUCUCCCUGGACUCCUGCUUCAGCUGUGUUCAAUGAAGGAAAAGAUGCUUAAUCUUGCUUUGUGUUCAAUAAAGUGUCAGCCAAUUUAAGUAUGUAUUUGUACUUUAGGUGAUGAGCCAGCAAUCUUGUUUUGGCAUUAUCAUCCUCAUCAUGGUGUAUUUCCAAUUUCUUAAGUAGAAAGACAGAAGUACUGAGAAAUUGCUCUGUAUAAUCAAUGGCUGUAUGAAUUAUCUUUAAAAAAAAUAAUAAAGUCCCUUCUAUUACAGGAGCCUGUGCAGAAA